UGGGCCUGGAAGCAGAAAGGCAAGGUCAUCUUGAACGUCCCAAAUACCUCCCGUUACCUGAUGCUGCUGACGAAGUCAGGAUGGCGUUAAACUCAGGAUUACCACCAGGUGUUGGGCCUUACUACGAAAACCAUGGGUACCAGCCCGAAAACCUAUACCCACCGCGGCCCUCUGUGGACCCCAGUGCCUACGUGGUGUAUCCAGCUCCCUACUACCCGCCCACGGUGCCCCAGUACGCCCCCAGGGUUCUGACGAACACCUCGACACCUGCCGUCCGCACGCAGCCCAAGUCCCCAUCGAGGACACUGUGCACCUCAAGUAGGAACCU